AUGGGAGUGCUGUGCUUCGUGGCGGACUUGCCGGCGCUGCCGCCGGAAUCCCUCCGCCCCCUGAAGCAGCCCUCUCCUCUCCUCUCCUCUUCCGCCUCCUCCGCAUCGACGAUCCAGCUGACGUCCCUCCGCCGCUCGUUUCGUAGUGCUGGUUGCAGCUCGCCAAUUACUACGCGGUCGCUCCUCCCUUCCCGCCGCCGCCGCCGCCGCCGCCGCGGCGAUCGGCCGCCCUCGGAGAUAGGAUCGCCCUGUGCUACGUCUUCUUCGAUCGGCUCACCGCUUCUCGCCACGUACGUGCGCUCCGACUGGCCUCCGAAAUCGCUGCUCGUGCGUAGUAAUCCCCCGAUCGCCCGCUCUCGUUUUGACGGAGCCUGCUGGUUUCCUUUCCCCGUUCGACAGCUGAAGAUCGCUUAUAGCCCCGGCGAGAAUUUCGAUCUGUGCGGGUUCCAUCGCGCCGUCGGGAGCGUGCCGGCGGAUGCCUUCGUUCCCGAUUCCCCGGCUCUCUCUCCCUGCGAUGCGGAGCUGCUAUGUCUCCUUUCCGAUGAGUCUAUCUACUCCUGGUCCAGCGAGGACAUAGCCAGAAAAAUCGUUGUUCUCACCUCUUCCUUACCUCCGGAGAUGGACGCCAAGCUUCAUGACUCUCUCAUGGAUGCGGCGGAUAAAUGUGUUUCGGUUGAGUUCUUGCUGCUUGAGACGAGGUCUGUCCAUCUUCGCCACGUGCAGGAAAAUACGAGUAAAUUCGUCCGGUCCAUCUCUGAUCUGGACAACUGCUCCGUCUCAGCUUGUCUCCCAGAUGCAAGGGUUUUGGAUGGUAUGACAAAAAGAUGGCUACAAUACAUAAGAGAUCAAGUGGAAGAGUCACUGCAAGCUCGUUUUAUCUUCAAUAAUGAUCUCGCAAGCUAUGUGAACCAGAUAUCCUGCACCUUAUCUAUCUCUAGCUAUCAAUUAAUUGAUGGCUUCAGUUCCAGUCAGACAGGCAACUGGCAUGAAAUCAUCAAAGAGGAAGUAUUGCAGAGCGAGAUAGGGAAUAAUCUCAAAGUUGGAGAGGGAAGAAUCCUCCCCGAACCUUCUUCACUGAACUCUAUGAAGAGUCAGCUAGUUUGUUCGCCAUUCGAUUUCAAUGUCAUUGAGAGGACAAAUUUGAGUUCUCUCAGUGAAGGUGUCCUUAUUGGAACUCCCCAUGUGGCAAUUCCAUCUGUUGGUCCAGAGAUAGGAGCAGCCUCAUCUGGAAAUAAUUUAGAGUUAAAUACUGAACUCUUUCAAGGGCUUUGCUGGGUUUUACAGUCACUGGACCAGGGCUUGGUAUGUUCUUCAAAUUAUAACAUGGAAACAAGGAAGACCUCCAUCUUCCCUUGUUAUUAUCUACUUCAGCCUUCAGAUAAUGGACCAAUGCUAUUGAGGCGGCUGGCAGGAUUGGAGGAAGUAUUGCCGUUGCCAGAUAUUGAUAGACAUCUUAGUUGUCCUGUGUCAAAGGAAACUGAGGGCGCCAUUAAAGCCUCUAUUCUGAAGAUGGAAUCGAGAGACUACAAUCCGAUCCUGCAUGACAGAGGCUUCCAUCAAAGAAUGAACUUGCUUGUCGAACAAAGAUCAGAAUCUGGAUCAGUACCUCAAGAAUUAGAUGGGACUUCUUCUGAAUCUAAAUCAGGCCAACCCGAAAUGUCAGGUGCUGCUGUUCCGGCACCUGAAGAGCUAACGCUGAAGGUUUUAGUUGUAGAAGGGGAGCCUCCAAAUUCAUGGACGAAGAGCACAGCUGAAGAAGAAUGGGGCCAGCUGCUUGUCACUGAGAUGCCCAACGUACUCACUCCUACGUGUAUCUCGAAACUCACGUCCGAGUCCGCCCAAGCGAUAGACCUUUCUUCAGCUGACGGCCUUGUGCAGAAUGAUGCUAAAAUAUCAAGGAUAUUAGAGAGACUGGAGGCGCCAAGACAGUCAAACCCAAGAGCAACUUCACCCGCCAUUGCUGGUAUCUUGGCCACAAAGAAUUCUCCACGGCUCACUCAUGUUGCCGAGCAAGGUUUGGUCGGGAACCAACUGAUGAAACCCAGCUUCAAUUCAAAAAGGAAACGCCAGUGAGGAAGAGAGGCCUUCUUUUCCGUAAGACUGCAUUCUUUGUUUUGAGUGCCGUUGAGCGUUGAUCAGAUUCUCGAAUCGGCAAUUCUGAUUUUUAAAUUCAUUUGCCGCAACCAUUACAUAUUUGUAUCUCCAAAACUCGGCCGUGUGAAGCAUCUGACUUGUCAUGCGGGAAGACGAAUAAAAGUGGGAGUAGAAUGCACACUUACUUGACCGAUUUCAAAAGUAUGGUUGUCGUUCAACUAUGGUUAUCACCAUAAUUCAUGAUGAAUUAGGUUUGUAUUUUUUAA